AUGCUUCGCAGCCAACCUUGCGUGAACAUCAACACUAUUCUGAGGUAUACCAGCUCAACUAGUCCAAUGACCGACGCUUCAUUUCUGCAAUCUCUGGAACUCAAUGAGGAUCGUUUCGUAAGCCUUCUUCGUAAUCUCAUUGGGGAGGCUGAGUACCUACAGAACACGGGGGUGGGAACCGCCUACGUGCCACAGGAGGACCGCGCCAUCAAGCACGUGCUUGAGGUACUGGCGCCUCACCGAAAGGAAAAUGGCGGGCCCCUGGAAAUCGAUCACGUCACGUAUGCGGAGGGACGUGGCAACUUGAUAAUUAAGUAUCCCGGAACUGGUUCAUCUGAGGAUGUACUGAGCUUCGUGGGCUCUCACCUCGAUGUUGUGCCAGCAAACCCGGAUGCAUGGAAGGUCGAUCCUUUCAGUUUGACAGUUGAUGGAGACAAGCUGUAUGGCCGAGGUACAACAGACUGUCUCGGCCACGUCGCGUUGAUGACGACGUUAUUCUCGCAGCUGGCUGAGCUGAAGCCAGAACUAAAGACUACCUUGACCUGCGUUUUCAUUGCAAGUGAAGAAGCUUCUGGACCCGGUAUCGGCGUAGAUGGUUUGGUGGCUGAGGGGAGGUUGGACCACUGCAAGCCAGGUCCAGUCAUCUGGGUUGAUUGCGCAGAUAGCCAGCCUUGUAUCGGCACCGCAGGUGCGAUUACGUGGCAUCUCACGGCAAAUGGGCAUCGCUUUCAUUCCGGUUUACCGCACAAAGGCAUAAAUGCCAUAGAGAUGGGCAUGGAGGCGGUAAGCCGCAUCCAGCAAAAAUUCUACGAAUCCUUCCCAGCUUGCGAGAAGGAGCGGGAAUACAAGUUCAUUACGCCCUCAACUAUGAAGCCGACUCAAGUAAAGUGCGCCCCUGGAGGAUUAAAUCAGAUUCCUCCUGAGGCGACGAUUAGCGGAGACAUACGCUUAACUCCCUUCUAUGACGUCGCAGCACUAAAGGCGUGCAUCGAGGCGGAGGUUGCAGCCAUCAACGCUGAUAUCGAAUCUCUUCCCGUACGUGGACCGUGCUCCAAGUACGUCAUCAGGCCUGAGGACGGUGAGCCCAUCGUGGGGCAUCUAAAAUUAGAAUGGGGUGAUCAUUUAUUGACUGGGAUCGCAUGCGAUCUCACGUCUCCCGCUUUCAAGUUGAUGUGUGACUCGAUAAAAGACGUGAAGGGGAUGGCUGAGCCGUACUCUCUUACCGGCUCACUUCCCCUGGUGCAUGAUAUGCAGUCUGAGGGUUUCGAUAUUCAACUCAUCGGUUUCGGACUCAUGUCCACCUACCACGCAGACAAUGAGUACUGCUCGUUGAAUGAUAUGAAAGAUGCAGCGAGGAUCUUGGCGACGCUCAUAGCGAAGUUUGACCUGCGUUGAGGGAAGUUGACAGAGAAGACUCAGAUCCUAUCAGAGCCAAACAAGCAGACAAGCUAAGACCUUCGUACGAAGGUAGUAGAUAGACCUUUCUACAAGACUUAACGUUAUCUGCUCGCGUUACUUCACGCACCUGCAGACCGCUUGACACCGAGGCGAGCGUGACCGUCCAUGCGUUGCAUGUCGACCAUCCCGUGCGUACAGCCCUUGACCUGGACAAAGGGUCACACUGGGAACAGCACACUAAGAGUGACGAAGAGCUGCCGGCCAACUCGCAAGAUGGAUUUUCCCUUGGGAGCGACCGCUUCGACGGUCAACCUCCCGGAGACGGUUCUCAGCUGGUAAUUCAUGUUGCAAUAUUCAUCACCGCAAAUAUAGCUGCAUGUAUCCGCGCUAAGCUCGCUGCACUUAUCCCAGGGACGAGCUCAAAGGGAUCGCCGCGAGCACGGAGACGGGAAAGAAGAUUGCCGAAGAGGAGAAACUGCGUUCUCAAGGUGAAGGUUCUCCACACGUGACAGCCAAGCUGCGACUUUUUGGUGCGUCUGAAGAUGAUGUUAGGGUUACGUUAUACAG